AUUCAGGUGUUAGGAAACAGCCACAUGCCUGGGGAUUACGGAGUGAUGGGUGACGAUGGCUCUAUUGAUUACAGCGUUCAUGAGGCCUGGAACGAAGCCACCAAUGUUUACUUGGUUGUCAUCCUCGUUAGCUUUGGUCUCUUCAUGUAUGCCAAGAGGAAUAAAAGGAAGAUUAUGAGGAUAUUCAGUGUGCCACCUACAGCAGAAACUUUGUCAGAGCCCAACUUCUAUGACACAAUGAGCAAAAUUCGCUUAAGACAGCAACUGGAAAUGUAUUCCAUUUCAAGGAAGUAUGACCAUCAACAGCCACAAAACCAAGCUGACAGUGUGCAGCUCUCAUUGGAAUGAAAUCUCAGAAAAUGAACAACAUAAAUAAUUGUUCAAUAGUAUUGUAGCAAGCUCCUAAUUCCACCAAGUCAUGAACAGCAUCUUUAAAACAUCUUCUGUCUCUAUAAGAUAAUUUUUCUUGGGACCUUUAUCCCAAAUUUUUGGUGUGUUUUCUUUUCCUUUUUUAAAUUGCAUCUGUGAGUCAUUUGUGACACAAAAAAUGGCUCAGAAGACCUGAAAACGGGGAGAGAGACUAUACCAGAGAUGUGAUUUUACUUUGUGAACACCUUUGAUUUCUUCAGGAUGCAAUCAGCCAGGAAUGAAAACCCAUCUUUGGAAACGAGCAUCUGAAACUUAUGCCACUUUGAGCUGAAAUUUUUGUAAAAUGAAAAUCCAGUCAUUGUAUAAUUUCCUCUCAGAUUGUAUUCUGUGAUAAACGUAAUAUGGAUAACUGACUGAUUUGUGUUCUCAUUGCUGUUGGUUACCACUCUUAAUUGAAUUACUACUUGCUUCUUCAGAACCUGCAUAGUGGACUGUCUUUCUAUAUCAUGAAGCGUACCCAUCUGCUGAUUAUGGAAGCCUUCUGGAAUUUUUCCCUCA